AACAAAGUGAUGAUUGUGAAUAACUACGCCUUCCGAUUCACGCAGUGUUCACUCACUUUAUUCCAACCGGUUCGCCUGAUUCGUCACAAGCCAUGGGUGCCGAAAUUUCGGUUGUUACGUGCGAUGCAGCCGUUCAAUGGACCUCCGGACAUACAGUCCAGUAAACCUCCGUUAAACAAUGCAGAAACUGCCUCAGAAAUUCGUCAACGUUUACGAAAAAAUGGUUUCCUUCCGCCGUUGCUAUUUCAGGAUCGACCGAUAAAUGUUGGACACACAGGUCAGGUGGUCGAUCCCUAUGAGCCACCAGAGGGAGAUGGUCGAAAGUCUGCCCUGUCAUUUAGGCAAUUGUCGUUGGAAAGCGCAAAUCUGCUGAAGAAAGGGAAGUCCUACAAGGCAACACUCACAAUUCGUCGUCACGAACCAACCUUCAGUCCAAAUACCUUUGCAGUGGAAGCAGAAUCAAUUUACAAGGAGGCUCAUGAUCUACUUCAAAAGUGA